UCUGGCUAGAGAUAAUAUAUAAGUACUUAUGAAAUCAGUUUUUGGUGGCUGUGAUGAUUUAAAAUGUGCUGGACAAAGCGAUGGUGUGACUACCUACAUGUGUUGUCUAAUUUGAACGAGUAUAUCUCAUAUAAUUGAUAAGAACUUCCUGUAGAUUUGGAAAAGCACGCUGCACUUGUAGCGAAAAAUUUUUAUUGCCGUGUAACAGCCAAGCUGAAACUAUGCAUUAAAAUUAUUGAAGGGAAACCCACUAUCCGUAACUGCCUCUAAAGAUGUUCUUCCAAAGAUCAUAAUGUUUUUAUGUAUUCCGCAGACUGAAGACUGAAAUUAUACACAUUUGCUAUUAGACCCAGCAAAGCGAAGCAGAACUAAUUCGGGCACAAAUUAUGAGUUAAAAUAAACAAGCCUUGAAUAUCAUAGUUUGCGCUGCUGUGCCAAAUAAAAAAAACUGUGAAGUGAGUGUGUGUGUAUAUAUCCAGGAGCACUUAGCGAAGUCAAUGGUGGUUGCUCAUAUUUUCCGUUCACACAGCCAUGGAUAUCACCAAGGAAAACGUCAAUCCCAAUCCAAGGGAUUCAGCCAAUCCACUAUCAGUCAUUUUCUUCGCGUACACGAUUGGUAUGUUCAAGAAGGGUUACCGAAAAACUUUAGAUGUAGAUGAUUUGUACAAUCCACUCCGUAGCGACCGGAGUAUGUUAUUAGGCGAUAGGUUAGAGAGAAAAUGGAAUAUACACUCCGAGACAGCAAAGAAGUACAACAGGAAUCCAAGCCUUCUCAAAGCAUUAGUAGCUACCUUCUGGCCAGAGUACUUAUGUUUAGGAGUGAUUUUAGUAUGUAUGGAUAUAUUCGUUCGCCUAAGCCAACCCCUGAUGCUCGGGAGGCUUCUGGAAUAUUUCAAACCAGAACCAUCAGUUACUAAGACUGAAGCCUUUUGGUAUGCCGGUGCCGUCGUAGCAUUAAAUGCCCUUAGUGCAUUAUUAAUAAAUCAAUAUAUAAUGAGGGCGUUCCACUAUGGAAUGAAAGUACGAGCGGCGUGUUGUGCCCUGAUUUAUAGAAAAGCAUUGAGAUUAAGUAAGACCGCCCUCGGAGACACCGCAUCUGGAAAGAUAGUAAAUUUGAUUUCAAACGAUGUUAGUAGAUUCGACCUUGUUUCCUUCCUUAUACACCACAUGUGGGUAGCCCCAACCUCAGCAUUAAUUGUGACGUAUUUCCUGUAUACCGAAGCUGGAUAUGCAGGAGUUUUGGGGAUUAUACCGGUCUUCCUCGUAGUUCCACUUCAAGGUUACACUGGCAAACUGUCUGCUGUAUACAGAAAACAAACAGCUAUGAAAACAGAUGAAAGAAUAAGAUUAAUGGACGAAAUAAUUUCUGGAGUUCAAGUGAUCAAAAUGUACGCUUGGGAGAAACCAUUCGAGAAAAUAAUAAAAUUUGCAAGAAAGGCUGAACUUAAAGUUGUUAUGAAGUCUUCUUACGUUAGAGCACUGUAUAUGACCUUCAAUUUAUUUACCACGAGAGUGGCCCUCUUCUGCACUUUGUUAACAAUGGCAUUAACUGACCAACAGAUCACAGCCGCCAAAGUAUUUGUGUUCAUGACUUACUUCAACAUCCUAUCUCAAACAAUGUCUGCGAUGUUCGUCAGAGGUAUUUCCGAAUUGGCAGAAUUAUUUGUAACUAUUAAAAGAUUAGAAGAAUUUAUGAAAAAUGAAGAGUUUGUACCUGUCUCUUUCUCACAAAAUAAUAAUUCCAGUUACAUUAUUGAUAAAAAUGCUAUUAGUUUGAAACAACUCACGGUGAAAUGGCACGAGUCUUCAACUGAAUCCGUUCUAGCUAACAUUAGUUUAAGCGUUCCCAAAGGCAGGUUGAUAGGAAUUAUUGGACCUGUAGGAAGUGGCAAAAGUUCCCUUCUGCAAACUAUUUUAGGCGAACUAGAAGUAGUCACUGGAGACAUAAAAAUACAUGGAACUAUAUCCUACGCAUCACAAGAACCUUGGGUAUUUGCGGCUACUGUCCGGCAAAACAUUCUCUUUGGCGCGGGAUAUGAUAAGAAGCGUUACCUCGACGUUAUCCGUGCAUGUGACUUAGAAAAGGAUUUUAAACAAUUCCCAGACGGUGAUCUAACAAUCGUCGGCGACAGAGGAGCUUCUUUAAGUGGUGGACAAAAAGCUAGGAUAAAUCUGGCCCGAGCUGUUUACCGAGAUGCAGAUAUUUAUUUAUUAGAUGAUCCUCUAUCCGCUGUGGACAUCCACGUGUCGAAGCACUUAUACGAUGAAUGCAUUAAUGGGUACUUAGUUAAUAAAACUAGGAUUCUGGUAACACACCAAGUACAUUAUUUAAAAGAUGCUGACCACAUUCUAAUUCUUAAUCACGGAAAGGUAGAAAAUGAAGGUACAUUCAGAUAUUUAUCUGAAAGUGAUAACUUGUAUGCCAAAUUACUUACUUCCGAACCUGAACUAACUAGUGAAGAAAAGCAGAAACAAAUUGACACUGUGAAGAUUUUAAGAAAAAUGUCCAUAAAAAGUAGAAACUCAUCUCUGACCAGUGCUGCAAGCGAAUUAAGCCUACCAGACAGCAUACUCUUAGAAGAAAAUGUGGAAGAGGAACCGGAUGAAGAAAUAAAGAUCAAAGAUAUGCAAGAAGUAUCAUCUAAAGGCAAAGUUCAUGGAUCUCUUAUCUGGAAAUAUUUUCUUGCUGGUGGAAAUGUCUGUUUCGUGUCCAUAGUUUUAGUAUUAUAUGUCUUGGCACAGUUAUUGGCGAGUACAGUGGACUAUUUUGUUAGUUUCUGGGUUAACAUUGAAGAGUUUAGAAAUGUUUCUCUUCCCAAAAAUGGAACAGACGAAAUUACCAUUGCACCAUCUAUUGUGUGGUCAACAGAAACUUGUGUUUACAUUUAUGGAGGAUUGAUAGUUGCUCUUUUUGUUACAGCCUUAUUAAGAUCUGUGCUCUUUUACAAACUAGCUAUGAUAAGUUCGCAAAAUUUACAUAAUAUGAUGUUCCGCAGUGUAAUUGGUACGACCAUGAGAUUUUUUGACACGAAUCCCAGUGGUCGUAUCCUAAACAGAUUUUCUAAAGAUAUGGGUGCCGUAGAUGAAGCUUUACCAAAAGCUAUUCUCGAUGCUGGACAGAUCCUGCUGUUAAUGGCUGGUUCUCUAAUUUUAGUUGCUGUUGUGAAUCCACAAUUUUUAAUAUUAGUGGGAAUCACUGGUAUAUUCUUUUUAUUGUUAAGGCACGUUUUCUUGAGAUGCUCAAAAAAUAUUAAACGAUUAGAAGGAAUUAUGAGAAGCCCCGUCUUUACACAUUUAAACGCAACUCUACAAGGAUUAACUACAAUAAGGGCAUUUGGAGCACAGGCUAUUUUGAAAGACGAAUUCGAUAAACACCAAGAUUGUCAUACAAGUGCUUGGUUCAUGUUUAUUGCGGCAAGUUCGGCGUUUGGAUUUUGGUUAGACAUACUGUGUUUCAUCUUCGUUGGAAUCGUUACAUUUAGCUUCCUUACGUUUAGCGAAAACUUAGGUCUGCAUGGAGGAGAGGUUGGCCUAGCGAUUACACAAGCGGCAGCCCUAACUUAUUUAGUGCAGUGGGGCAUGCGUCAGUCAGCAGAGGUGUCCAAUCAACUGAUGUCCGUCGAAAGAGUUUUAGAUUACAAACACCUACCUCAAGAGAAGCAACCAGAUACACCGAAAAAUCCGCCAAAAGCUUGGCCCGACAAAGGUCAAAUCGUUUUUAAUCACAUGGAACUGAAAUAUGUCGAAACUGGUCCACUGGUUUUAAAGAACCUAAAUUUUAUAAUUAAACCAAAUGAAAAGAUUGGAAUUGUGGGCAGAACUGGUGCUGGAAAAUCAUCCCUAAUUUCAGCUUUAUUUAGGCUGGCGGUAGUAGAAGGAGAAAUAAACAUCGAUGAAGUCGACAACAAAGAUCUCAUUCUGAAAGAUCUCAGAUCAAAAAUAUCUAUAAUUCCUCAAGAUCCUGUGUUAUUCUCGGGAACUUUAAGAUAUAAUUUAGAUCCGUUUGAAGAAUACUCUGACGAUGUACUGUAUAGAGCGAUAAACGAUGUAGAAUUGAAGGAUCCGUCCAAUAUAAUCAACAGAUUAGAGAAUAGAGUGAUGGACAGAGGAGCCAACUACAGCGUUGGUCAGAGACAACUGAUUUGUUUAGCCAGAGCUAUAAUAAGAAAUAAUAAGAUACUUAUGUUGGAUGAAGCUACUGCAAACGUAGACCCACAAACUGAUGCCUUGAUCCAGAAAACCAUCCGCAAGAAGUUUGCAAAUUGCACAGUAUUAACAGUAGCCCAUCGCUUAAAUACGAUCAUGGACUCGGAUAAAGUAUUAGUGAUGGACUCCGGUACAAUGGUUGAAUUUGAUCAUCCGUAUGUUCUCCUACAAAAACAAAAUAGUGUAUUUUAUAAAAUGGUAGCAGAAUCUGGAAAAUCACUGGCUGAACAACUUAAAAGAAUUGCUAGGGAAAGUUAUCAGAAGCAGCACGUUCUUCCAGAAUAGAGGUGUGAGUUGUUCCCAGGUUCAUAUUGAAAGAUAGUUUAAAUAAGUACUUAAUGUUCCAGUGAUGUGAUAUUAGGAUACCUGCAAUUUUAAGGCAGUUUUAAUUUAAAUUGUACAUUAUUAUAUAUUUUUAAUAAACAAAUACAGGUACAUAUAUUUUUUACAG